AUGGCCGCUCUGAGCCUGCUGCUCCUGGGCGCGCUGCUCUGGGUCCCAGCAGGCACCCUGACCUGCUACGGGGACUCGGGGCAGCCUGUGGACUGGUUCGUUGUCUACAAGCUGCCGGCCAAUAACGGGUAUAAGUACUUGGAUGCGGACUCAGGGGGCUGGCGCGACGGGACGGUGACCAUCGACAACCCCAACGGAGCCGUAGGCCGCAGCUUGCUGCCCCUGUACAAGAACACCAGCCAGCUUGCCUUUCUACUUUACAAUGACCAGCCACCUAAUCCCAACGGGACUCAGGACUCUUCCAGCCGGGGGCACACGAAGGGAGUGCUGCUUCUGGACAGAGAAGAGGGCUUCUGGCUGAUCCACAGCGUCCCAGGCUUCCCUCCACGCGAUGCAUACCGCUGGCCUCCCCAGGCCCACAGAUAUGGCCAGACCCUCCUCUGUGUGUCUUUUCCGUUCGACCAGUUCUCAAAGAUUGGCACCCAGCUGAGCUACACCUUCCCCGACGUGUUUUGCCACCGGCUGGAAGGGGUCUUCCUCGAGAAAUUGCCUGGCCUGGCCGAGGUGGCCAAGGGCCACCAUGUUCUCAGCCGGCCCUGGAACAGCAGCGUGACACUCACAUCCAAGGCAGGGGCCACCUUCCAGAGCUUUGCCAAAUUUGGGAAAUUUGGAGAUGACCUAUACUCUGGCUGGUUGGCAGAAGCUCUUGGAAGCAACCUACAGGUCCAGUUCUGGCAACACUCUCCUGGCAUCCUGCCCUCCAACUGCUCUGGGCCCCAGAAAGUGCUGGAUGUGACCCAGAUAGCCUUCCCCGGACCAGCCGGGCCCACGUUCAGAACCAUGGAGGACCACUCCAAGUGGUGUGUAGCCCCAGAAGGGCCCUGGGCCUGUGUGGGCGACAUGAAUCGGAACCGUGGGGAGGAGCACCGGGGUGGGGGCACGCUGUGCACCCAGCUGCCUGCCUUCUGGAAAGCCUUCCAGCCGCUGGUGAAGGCCUGGCAACCCUGUGAGAGAAGAGCAGCACCUGAACUCCAGAAAGCCCCACAGAGCACGUAG